UUCACAUACAGUCGACUCGCUGUAGGCCCAGCAGUCCGCGCUUUUAACACGAUGCGGUGAAGAAACACUUACAGCAAACUUGUCUUCUUAUAAUACUGGCGUCCAGGCUGCUCCGAGUGGAUUUAUUAUUUCAAUGAUGACAAGAACACUAUAACGUCAUGAUGUCGUCAUUAUUCUACAGUCUUGAGUUGUCAGUAAUUACUUGUGUUUGUUUGUAUCUACACACCGGUGUUGCUGUGGAACUGGACGGCAGUCUUACCAGCCAAAGCACUACAUAUAAUAAUCUAAGGAUCUAUAUGCCUGAUAAAGCUGUAGAUGGGGAUCGUGACACAACAGCCAUCUCAGCACACACAGCCAACCCUUGGUGGAAAGUGGAUCUUGGAGAUACCUACUGCCUCAAGUCGGUGACUCUGACAAACAGAGUUGAGUUUGAUGGCAGAAAUAAUUUCAAUGCUGUACUACGGGUUGGUUUGAGUUCACAACAUCUCCAGAACGCAAUGAUUGGAUCUCCAGUAACAUGGGCGCAAGCUGCACAGGCAUUGACUUUUGAUUUAGCUGUAGACCCGAUCGCCAUCGCUCGCUACGUGAGUUUUGAUAUUCCAACCGAUGCGGGCGCAACAACAAACUUAGCGCUUGCCGAGGUCAAGGUUGAAGAAAUCACUGAAAGUGGAAGUGGAGACAUGGUUUUAGGAGCUCUUUCUUUGUCCGGUAAUCCGAGUCGUCAAAGUUCAACUCAAAAUUUAGUUCAUUCUGCAUCGAAAGCUCUAGAUGGAGAUUGGUCAGGUUCGACCUUCACCCUCACAGUCGGAGAAUUGAACCCUUGGUGGAAGGUGGAUCUUGUGGCGGAAUAUUGUCUCGGCAAAAUCAGAGUUCGGAACCGAGAAAGCACCGCAGAAAGUAUUGAGAUACGAUUAGUGGGAGCUGUUGUGAGGGCUGGUCUGAGUGACGUUGUCAUUGAUAACCCAGCGUGUGGUAGUCCAGUAACCAGACAACAAGCCUUAUCAGAUGCCUGGAUUGAAUUCACGUGUGAUCCACCCAGAUUCUCGCGGUAUGUCAGCGUCGACAUUCCCGGUAUCGCAAUUCUGUCAUUGGCUGAGGUACAAGUAUUGUACUCCGAAGUAUCCACAUGUAUGGGAAUAGAUUUUACACUUGUGACUAACAUUCCUCGGAUUGGUCAGACUGAAGACAAUGAAGCAGCCAUUACAGCAUACAAAGGAUGCAGUGACUUGACGGCUAGUGUUUCAUUUGGCAGACAAUUGAUAACAGGAGGAACUAAUACUGGACUUCCUGCAGGAUCCAGUGAAGUAGAUGAUCCUAAACUGGGCCGAGCAGCAAGGUCUCUGACAUUACCCCAGGCUGGUGGGAUAGACAGGGUGGGUGUCUUCUACUCAGAGGUGUCUAAAAGUGGAAGGAGAACCAGGAUACAGACUAUACUGUUACCUAAGAAUGACGGCGAUGUCUAUAUUCUUCCUGAGCAGCGAACACUGACAGUAAAUAUAGGCGAGUUGGUCACAUUAACAAUGGUAUCAUAUAACGCACAGACCAAUGUAAACGUCAGAUGGAAGCAUCAUGGAGAUACAAUAGAUAGAUGGAACAAUCAGCUCACUGUGUCUAUUCCAAGUGUUGUCCAACCAGAUGAAGGGAUAUAUAGCUGCUUCAUGGACGGCCAAGAAGACCAACAACGUCACGGCAUAAUGAGACUCAUAGUGCGAGCUUGCCCGUCGGUGAUGUGGGGUCCGAUGUGCUUGAGUGCAUGUCAUCAAUGCUACAAUGGAGGUAUAUGUGAUGAUCGGACAGGAACCUGUAUCUGUGCUCCGGGUUUCAGUGGAAAUAACUGUGAAAAAGUUCAUGGUCGUCAUGUGUUUGGUAAAGACGCUCAAUACGGCUGUUCUGAUAGUCAUGAUCCACACCACAACGCCUGCCAGGGUCAUUUAUUCUGUCUUCUUGAUCCUUAUGGAUGCUCGUGUGCUGCCGGCUACAUGGGACUGGACUGUAUGCAAGAAUGCCUAGAUGGGAAGUACGGUGCAGACUGUAAGCAAACAUGCCAUUGUCAAGACCAAGGGGCGUGUCUGAAGGAUACAGGAGAAUGCAACAAUGGAGGAGGUGGUGGGUGUGCCGCCAAAUAUUUUGGGAGCAACUGCCAAUGUUCAAAUGAGAACCCAGUGCUUGGUCUUGGAGUCAUUUCACAUGGUCCUCAAAGUUUGACGAUUACAUGGGAGCAUGAUCCGUGUGUUUCAAGGUACUCACUGACGUAUGAAUUGACCAACAGAGGUCAAUGUGGUGAGAUUACAUCUCCAGUAAAGACAUCAGUUUCCGACCCCUCCAGCGGGCAAACGUCUCAGUAUUUGUCCAGUCUCGAGCCAUUUUCUACGUACACGGUUUACAUCGCACCUAUAUAUCAGAGCAACAUAAUCGGUCCCGAGUCCUCAGCAUCUGCAAUUACUCUGGAUGUCGCAGACCCAGACCCUGUCGCCCUAUCUGUGACGGCUGCGAGUCCAUCGCAGAUUCUUGUUGCAUGGGAUCCAAUAUGUGGAGCUAUUGACUACAAAGUGGACUACGUACUGAAAACCUUAGACAACUGUGAAUCGUAUGAAAUAACACCAUCAUCAGUGUACACCUCCCCGCCAGAUUGCCCCUGCACAUCAACAUCAGUUUCUAUAUCGGGUCUUCAUGCUUACUCUACUUACGUCAUAAGAGUUCAAGUACAAGUAGUUGGCAGCUCUUCGUAUGGACGAGAAGAAACGGUGGAAGUUACCACUGAUAUGUCAGAACCGACUGCAGCUCCAACUGAUGUACGUGUACUGAGUAUUUCAGAGACUAGUCUGAGUUUCUCUUGGAGUGAGCCACCAUGUGGAGGUCGAGGUGGUAUCAUCACUGGGUACUCAUAUAAGCUGACUCAAGUAGGAGCUGACAAUGAAGAAGGCCCGACCAUUACCUCAAACACAGCGGUGACGAUCAGUGGUUUAAUACCAUACACUGAUUACAGCUUCCAGGUUGCAGCCAGCACCAAUAUGGGUACUGGACCGUUUAGCAGCAGUCUUAAUACAAGAACGCCAGAAGGAGUUCCUCCUGCACCGAUGGACUUCAACGUCAAGAGCGCUGAUGAGAGUUCGAUAACUGUGGAGUGGAAAGAACCAGAUCCUCCACAUGGAAUCAUACUCAACUAUGAUAUCUCUUACUGGCCAUCCAUGGAAGUAGAAACAUCAGCAACCGAGGAGACGGACAUUGGUGUGACGUCAUUGAGCUAUCGCAUAGAGGGCCUUUUGACAAAUGUCAAUUACUCCAUCAAGGUGCGAGCUACGACGUCUGCUGGUAGCGGUGUUUGGAGUGUUGCUGUCACAUAUACAACAGAAAUUGGUGUUCCUGGUCCAGUCGAGAAUCUUCGGUCGACGGAUCAAACUGAUAUGUCAAUUACCUUGGAAUGGGAUCCACCGAUGAACCCAAACGGGCAAAUCAUGAACUACAUCGUGGAGUACAGAGCUGUGGAGAAACGUCACCAGGCGGACUUUACUGCAGAUACUGCGUACAUGAAUAAGGAACUAGGAAAUGAGUUACAGGCUACAAUAACCAAUCUCGAACCAACAACUAGAUACAAGUUGAAGAUUUCAACACAAAACCAAAUGUUCACCAGCGAUGCAGCAGUUCUCGAAGUAUUUACUAAGCCACUGGAAAACCCUCCUUCACCCCCGGUACCAAGCUCAAAUCCAAGCGACGCCACAGAUACUACGGUCACUAUCAAUCUCAGCCGCGUACCUGACGAUGUUUAUAUCACUUCUUACGUCAUUCAUGUUAAGAAGACUGAAUCCAAGAGGAAGAGAGAAGCUCUCGAUCCCAUCCAUUAUAAGGACUCUCAGGACGACUACAUUGCAGCUGAACUAUCCAAAGAGAUGGUUCAAGACUCUUUUGUAGUUGGAGAUGAUAGAAUGUAUGGAGGCUACCUCAAUGCACCGCUAGACAAAGGAGCAACGUACGACAUUCGUGUUGGAGCGGUUAGCAGUGGCAAUGGAACGGACGUCACUGUGACGUAUUCGGACCCUUUAUCAGCUACUGUAGAAGCUACUGUGGAAGCAACCAGUUCAUCACCUAUUGGCGGCAUCGUCGGUGGUGUGCUAGCUUUUAUCAUCGUUAUCGUCGUCAUUAUCAUCGGCAUGAUUAUGUAUAGACGGAAAAGGAAUGAUGGUGGCUCGAAGCAGCACUUUGAAACUGAUGGCGACAUCCAUCUAGAACCGACUAAUAAUUGUCUAGCAGAUGCAUCAUCAGUGUGUAUUGAACCUGCUGUAAGAGACAGACCCACACCCACUGGUACACCAUCGCCAACCCGUAACCCCACUGAACAACCUCCAGAGCCCAAACAGUUACCAUUCACAAAUCCACCACCGGUUCGUAUUGAAGAACUUGAGGAGUAUAUUCAGAUGAAGAAAUCGGCGGCCGCUGAUGAAGGCUUUGAAGCUGAUUACAAGACUCUUCCUGAGGGUCAGUUACAUUCCUGGACUGUAGCAAGAAAACCAGAAAACAAGGCCAAGAAUCGAUACGCUAACGUCAUCGCUUAUGACUACUGCCGUGUUGUGCUGGAGCCGUUGGAAAAUAAACCUCACUCAGACUACAUUAACGCAUGCUACAUCGAUGGAUACAGGGCAGAAGACGCGUACAUAGCCAGCCAAGGGCCAAACAAAGAAUCCAUCAAAGAUUUUUGGAGGAUGAUGUGGCAGCUGAACGUGGAUAAAAUCAUCAUGCUGACCAACCCAAUUGAGGACGGCAAGAUGAAGUGCCUGAAGUACUGGACCGAUAACGGAUCUGCAGAAUACACUGGUAUUCAAGUAACAACAGUCAGGGAAGAUGUUUAUCUGGAUUACACGGUACGCCUUUUUGACAUUUGUGAGGCCGGGAAGCAGGAAUCUACUCGCCGAGUGACGCAGUUUCACUACACCACGUGGCCUGAUAUGAAACCACCGGAGUAUCCAACUUCUUUACUUAACUUCCUGCGUGUGGUCAACACAACCAAGAAUAUUGGACGCACCGUCGUACACUGCAGUGCUGGAGUUGGUCGUACGGGAACGUACAUCACUCUGGAUGCCAUGUUGGAACAGAUGAAAGAAGAAGGACAGAUUGAAGUUCUUAGCUUCAUCAAUCAGAUGCGACAUAGACGCAUCAAGUCAGUCCAGACAGUUGAGCAGUAUAAGUUCCUUUAUGACGCCAUUCUCGAGGCCUACUUGAGCAAUGAUACAACGUACCAUGUCACAGAAUACCGGCGUAAACUAACAGCAUUGAAGAAGUCAGGAAUGGAACAACAAUUUAAGACCUUGAGAAAGCUGUGUGCUGAAAGUACGCCCAAACCCAACUCCUCCGGAAAGCUACCCGAGAAUGUAUCCAAAAAUCGGUUCCCGGAAUUCAUACCAACUGAUCGAAGCAGACCAUAUCUGACAACGCUUACCAGUGAAGAGGAUACCAACUAUAUCAAUGGGACAUAUCUACCGGGCUACCGAAAGAGGAACAGGUACAUCGCUACCCAGAUGCCAACACCAAACACCAUAGGGGACAUCUGGCGUCUGGUGUAUGACCACAAAUCAACCUGUAUUGUCAUGCUCAACCAGUUUGAUAAAGACGACGAGACCAUGGUCCAGUACUGGCCAGAGGCAGGCCCAAUGGAGUUUGGUCCCCUGGUCGUUGAGCUGCUAGAGACCAAUGAAUACACCGGAGUCAUCGGCCACUCUUUCACUCUCAAGAAGAAGAACUCUAAGCUUGACCCUCCACGGACCGUCUGCCAGUUUCAAUAUCUAGACUGGCCAUGUGAUCAAGAUGUCCCAAGCUCAUUGGAUGGCUUGCUGACGCUCUUCCAACUCACUGAACAGUGGAACAAGACUGAAGAAGGACCUAUUGUCGUCCACUGCAUUGACGGCUUGGGACGUUCUGCUGCCUUCUGUGCCUUGAUAACUCUCAUGGAUAAGUUCAACGAAGAGAAGGUCGUCAAUGUUUUCCAAGAGGCUCUCCGGUUCCGUAUGGUCAACAGCAACAUGUUAUACUCUGUGGAGCAUUAUGCGAUGUGCUACAAUGUGAUCCAAGCCUACAUGAACAGCUUAGCAGAAAACGCCAUCUACGAGAACCUAAAUAGUUAAUACUGUAUAAUCAUGGAGCAACUGGCUUUCUUUGGCUAGGCCGGUGCCGGUACUUAGGACUAUGCCUGGAGGCCUGUAUGUAAGGGGCAUUUUGCUACAAUGGGGUCUGUUGCCCCUUUCCGUCCCAGCCCUCUCCUUCUU